AUGAGGCCGACCGCUGCUCUUCGCCUGCAGGCGACCAGGAUCCUCAGAUCCAACGCGCACCCUGACCCGAAGGCCGGAAAAUACCUAGGCAGCUGGGGCGACUUUGGCUCCCCAACGCAAAAGGGAAUUAUUACAUACGCCAUGUCUGCCAACCAGCAAAACCCUCUUGCCGGCACCAUGCAUGCCGCUGUCUUCAACGUCGCUCGCCGUACCGCCCAUCAGAUUCUCUACUGGCUCCCACCCCUGGUGGCUGCAUAUGUGGCCAUGCAAUGGGCUACAGAAAGAAACGAGUACCUGAACUCGAAGCCGGGACGGGAGGAAUUCGCGGAUGCUGAAGAAUAG